UUGAUUUUGACUAGUUGAACCUACCAGAGAAAUAUCAUCAAAAUGAGUGACGCUGUUACCAUCAGAACUAGAAAGGUUAUCUCCAACCCAUUGUUGGCCAGAAGACAAUUCGUCAUUGACGUCUUGCACCCAAACAGAGCUAACGUCUCCAAGGAUGAAUUGAGAGAAAAGUUGGCUGAAAUCUACAAGGCUGAAAAGGAUGCUGUUUCUGUUUUCGGUUUCAGAACCCAAUUCGGUGGUGGUAAGUCUACCGGUUUCGGUCUCAUCUACCAAUCCGUUGCCGACGCCAAGAAGUUCGAACCAGCCUACAGAUUAGUCAGAUACGGUUUGGCUACCAAGGUCGAAAAGGCUUCCAGACAACAAAGAAAGCAAAAGAAGAACAGAGACAAGAAGAUCUUUGGUACUCAAAAGCGUGCUGCCAAGAGAGCCGCCAAGAGAAACGCCGAUUAAACCGAUUGAACGCUAUAGCUGUUUAUUCAUUUUCACAAUUAUGUUAUACUUUGUCCUUUAAUAUCUGUUAAAUAGAAUAGUAUAUUUAUAUCGGUUUGUUGGGAUGCAUCUUUUUAAUAAAAAAACCCUAUGUGUAUUAU